CGAAUCGCGCGUGCGAUCGCGUCGUCGCGGGCACCUGAAACGCAGUUUCCGCGAAUCGCUGCUCGGUGAAAAAAGUGCGUGCGCGCGUGCCGCUCCGGAUUGUCAGGAUGAGCCAUCGAUCCCCGGGAGUCGUUGCGCUGAUCCGAUGAGAGGACGACGCAGACUGGAAGCGCAGCAUCCGCAGAUGCAGCAGCCAGCAUCAUGGAUUCCCAUGUCGGACUCGACUACAUCGUGGAUAAUCCUGAUUAUUGCGUCAAGCUCGCCUCAGCGUUGGAAACGGCGUGUCCGUCCGUGAAGAAGAGAGUCGUGGAGUUACUGUCGGCUCUCUGCGUCUACAGCCAGGAUGGAAGACAGAGGGCCAUCGAUACCCUUCACAGAUACCAGGAACGAAAGGGCGAGCGUUAUCGAUUGCGAGUCGUGGUCGACGAGCUACAGAAGGCGACAGCGGAGGAUUACCAGACCGCACUGUUGGCAUUCAUAAAUUGUUUGGUCAUCUCGACGCCGGUGCUCAAGGAUCGCAUACGCAUACGCAAUGAGUUUAUCGGCCUCAAACUCUUGCCGAUUCUAAACGAGCUACGGAAGAGUCACGCGCCGGACGUGAGGGUGCAGCUCGACGCCUUCGAGGAUCAACGGGAGACGGACGAGGAGCUCGCGAAUCAAGGACCGCCAGGGAUCGAUCUCUCCUCUCACGUGGACGUCUUCUACGCCAUCCUCGGCCAAGUUGCAGACACGCCGCAGGAGAUACCCUUUCUGAGCGUCCUGCAGCAUCUGCUGCGACUGGACCCGAAAGACGCCGCCAGUGAUCUGGCGUGGGACAUCGCCGAGACCCUGGUGCACCGAGCCACGUUGCUGGAGAGUCGCGAGGAUGCCACGAAAUUGUUGAGAUCGCCCAGUCUUCAAACGAAUCUAUGCUGUCACUGCCGCGGCGCCGAUCAGACGUGUGGGACGUCGAGGAAAGCGUCGCUGCCGGCCAGCAGCGGUUCGCCGCCGCCGCCACCUCCGAUUCCGGCGGCACCGCCAGGUCCCCCAAAUCCACCACCGAGCGGCUUCGUCCUGCCACCACCUCCACCUCCGCCGCUCUUCGUCAACGUCGUCAACAUCGCCGCCGCACCGAUGGAGCCCCCGAUGCCGCCUCCCUUGCGGGUGGCUCCCGUCGAGCGCGCGCUUACCCCCGAGCCACCCAGCAGUCACGCGAGACUGCUGCCGCAGCAGGAGAUUCCAGCCCCCAGGACGAAAAUGAAGACUAUCAACUGGAACAAGAUACCCAAUCAUAAGGUGAUCGGCAAGCGGAACAUCUGGUCCCUGGUGGCGAACGAGCAUCAGAAUUCGCCGAUGGCGGACCUGGACUGGGCCGAGAUGGAGGGCCUCUUCUGUCAACAAGUGCCCCCGUUAAUGCCACCGGCUACCUACUCGGCCUCGUGCGGCACCGGAGUCGACGUCGAACGACGUCGUCGAGAACCGACGGAGAUUGCAUUACUCGAUGGAAAAAGGAGCUUGAACGUUAACAUCUUCCUCAAGCAAUUCCGAAGUUCGAACGAGGAUAUAAUUCAGCUUAUCAAGGAGGGUGGUCAUGAUGACAUCGGCGCGGAGAAACUGCGUGGACUUUUGAAGAUACUGCCGGAAGUGGACGAGCUCGAGAUGCUCAAAAGCUUCGACGGCGACAAGUCGAAGCUGGGUAACGCCGAGAAGUUCUUCCUGCAGCUUAUUCAAGUGCCAAAUUAUAAGCUGCGCAUUGAGUGCAUGCUGCUGAAGGAAGAAUUCGCCGCGAAUAUGAGCUACCUGGAGCCAAGUAUCAACUCGAUGAUACUCGCCGGCGAGGACCUCAUGACGAACAAGCCUCUCCAGGAAGUGCUGUACAUGGUUUUGGUCGCCGGAAACUUCCUCAACUCUGGCGGUUACGCUGGCAAUGCGGCAGGCGUGAAGCUUUCCUCGUUGCAGAAGCUGACGGAAAUUCGUGCGAACAAACCGGGGAUGAAUCUGAUACACUACGUGGCAUUGCAAGCCGAAAGAAAACGAAAGGAUCUGCUAAAUUUCGCAAAAAAUAUGACUGCCUUAGAAGCAGCGACAAAAACCACGAUUGAGCAACUUAACAACGAAUUUAACACUUUGGACACGAAGAUUAAAAAGAUCAAAGGCCAAAUUCAGCUCUCCUCGACCGAAAACGAUAUACAGGAACAAAUGGCACAGUUUCUUCAGAUGGCCGAACAAGAAAUGGCGCAGUUGAAGAGGGACAUGGAAGAGCUCGAGGGAGUGAGACGAUCGCUGGCGGAAUUCUUUUGCGAGGACACGAGCGCGUUCAAGAUCGAAGAAUGCUUCAGGAUAUUUCAUCAGUUUUGCCAAAAGUUUAAUCAGGCGAUCGCGGAGAACGAGAGGCGACGUAUCCAGGAAGAGCAGGUCCUGGCGCGUCGCAAACAACGCGAGGAACAGCUGUUAGCGAGAAAACGACUGCUGAGCAGUCAAGCGGAGACACCAGGCUCGGAAUCCGAGUCCAACCUAAUGGACUAUGGGCUAUUCGAGCUUCAUACCGGUUUACCUCAGAGAAAUUACGGCCGCGGCGAGGCCAAGAUGAGAAGAUUGCAGAAUGGCGGAGUCACGUCGGACGAGGACGUCUCCAUCGUCGGAUCGCCCAGCAUCCGACGUCGUUUAGGAUCAUGUUCAGGCGGUCCUGAUCAACAAUCUACCAAAGAGGACACGUACUCGCCAGAUAUCACGCCUAACGGCACGCUUCGUAGGCGCAGAAGCAGAAUACCCUGCGAGGAUGACGACGGAAAUCUAAUGGAUUUCUUGCGAACAUCCGGACAGGACAAUACGCGGGAGAGAAAAUCGUGGGGAAGUUUAGAUCGAUCGUGGGCGCGAAGAGCUCGUGGACAGUCGCGAAGAGGCGACCUCCUGAACGCCGAUUUUUCGGGAGAUCGGGAACGACCGAGCUCGCCGUCUCCCCUCGCAGAGAGCAAGCCGUUCCUGCAGGAGGAGGAAGCGAAGCCGACCGGGAAAGCCUGGCGGCAAAAGAUCGAGGCGUGGCUGUCGGAGAACGAGAAAGAGGAUCGCGCGGGCGAGCAGCUUCAGAGAAGAGCGAAGCAAUUGCACCAGGCGAACCGACGGUCCUUCGAAGACUCGGAAAACGAAGGCAAAGGCGCGUCGAACCCUUCGACGGAGGAUCGAUCCGUGCACGAAGGAGAAUUCUCCGGGGUUUACGACUGGCGACCGUCCGUCGAGAAGACGGAUGUGAUGCGCACGAUGGAGGCCAUUGAAGAAGCUCAACCGCUCUCGUCGCAGGACAAGUCUCCUUGGCGGAAGUCGAGCUUGAACGUACCAAAUAGUAUGGAAGAGACUGAUCCGCGUUAUUCCCGUAGAUUUAGAUCUAGACACAGUACGGAGAACGCUCUCGUCCCGAGUACACUGCAGGCGAUCAGAGAAGAGGACAGGAAGAAGAACAAGCUCAGCGACACUCUGAACACGGACGCCCAGGACGAACUGACUAUUUAUCUUCGGCAACCUUACACCGGAUCGCAAGCGCCCGCAACCCGGCGAUUCUCGAAGCUCAGCAAGAAAACCGCGGACGAGGAAAGAAUCAGCGACAAGAUCGAGAUUGACUCGGACAACAUCGAGACGCCGCCGGCGACCAGACGGCUGUUUAGUCCUCCGAAGGAGGUGAAACCCGUGGAGAAGGAGCCCUGCAAAAGAGAACGUUGCAAUGGCUCCUUCCAGAGUCGAGAAAUGAAGACUGCGAUCCUGAAACCCAUCGCCUCAGAUCUCGGUACCGGCAACUUCGACAGGUACUCGGCGACGCGUCGUACUCGUAGAUACAAGAAGACUCAGGAUUCGGCAGGUGACAAGGACGUGUCGAGUCCCGAGUUGAUCUGCGACGAAAAGCCGGCGAUGCAACGACCCAGCACCCUCGCCCUGGCUGACGAGGGCACCCGCGAGGACGAGGACGUCAUGCUGCGUAUCUGGCAGGACAAGCUGAAGCGGCGCGACAUCGUCGCCUCGUCGUCGUCGCGCGACAUCGACGCCGCGCUGGCGGAGAUCGCGCGCUCCGGCGAGGAUCUGCAGCGUCUCUCGACGACGAAGACGACGGAGACGCCGGCGACGAUGACCGCGACGAGCCACAGGACCUCGAGACUGCCGAUCAGUCAGCCUCCGCCGCCAGUGGUAGCGGUGAGCAACACGGUGCUGAGUCCGGUGAUGCAGGAGUCGCGACCCCGCGAGGCCGUCACGGUGCUUGCAGAGCGAGCGGUGACGAGUCGCGAGCGUCACCGGAGCAUGAUCGAUCCGAGCCAGGUGAAGGAAGCGGUCCGCUUGACCAGCAAUCCACCCAGCCAGGUGAACCAGAAGCGGGAGACGUCGAGCAGGAACAACUUCUGCAGCGAGAACUCGCUGCACGAGCGAGACGACGUCUCCAGAAUCACGAGGGAAGACGAGCAACGCGCAGGAGACUCGAGGAGCGUCGAAGGAAGCCUGGAGAAGGACGUUCGAUCCGUGGACGACCUUCGCGAUCGGUCGACGAUGACGCGGCAGAACUCCAUGUUCCGCAGCAGAUUUAUCCCCGAUAUAAGCGUGACGUCGUCGCCGCCGCCGACAUCCGGCAAGGUCAGCCGAGACCAAGAGCUGAAUGACGAAGGCUUCGAGGAGACGCAGAGCCUCGUUUCAGAGACUCUGAGUCAAGAGACGUCCUCUGGCAAUUACGAGACGGACACGCACGACUCGACGAGGUGCUCGCCGGCAGAGCUGAGCUACAGCGGGGACCAGCAUCGACGUAGCGUCACGAAGACGAUGCACGACGAUGAUGACUUGAACAGUCAUGGUCGAAGAUCCUUGUCCAUCGACAAGUUAGUGAAGCCAAGCUCGGGGAAGAUUUUCGGCAAGAAGGAGACCCCGAGAAACGCGUCGGAAAAAUCGAGCUUUCUGCCGACAAGAGCUGCAGGUGCGAAACGCGAGUCCGCGCUGAGGAAGAACGAGAAGACCUUGAAGAAGACCUCGAACGGCCAGGCGAGUAAUCCAGGAGCUCUGUUGAAGAACGAGGUGCAACGUUCCGGUUCCAGGAGCAGCCUACGCAGCUCCCGGAGCUCUCUGAACAGUGCUACGUCCGUGAACACGGUACGCAAUUUGGCCACGAAUCACGCUCAUCUGCGUAGCUACACCUCGGCCAUUCGCGCGCUCACCAACGACCUCAGGAAGAGCAGCCCGUCGAGCAGUCCGCUGCCGCCGAAGAACGUCGUCGACAAGAGACGUCUGAGUCCUCGUCAGGUGAGCGUCAGCAGGAUACCUGCCAGCAGAAGCAGCAGUAGCGGCAGCAGCGUUGGUCCGACAGUGAGAAGUCUUCGCAAGGCUCCGGAGAUAGUGUCUGACAUACCAAAGGUCACGAGGAGUCGGCCCAUCACCUCGCGCAGCAGCAGCAGCGGGAGCAGCAUCGGUCAGCAGUCGAUCUUGGGAAAUCGAUCAGCGAUCACCGGUAAUAAGAUGUCCAGUAAUACGAGGAGUAGAUUAAUCCAGCCGCGAGCUGGGUCGAAGAGUCACAGUUUUAUGCGGCCUACAGCUGCCAGCGUGAACAAGGGUUCCAUCCAAAACCUCCCGAAGAGUAUCAAGGCUAUGGUGAAAUGAUGCGUCUUCUUCGAACAAGAAAACAAGAUCGUAUUUGUAACGUUGCUUGGAGAAUUUAGAAAGUCUAUUCGUUUAACAAUUACAAUUAGGAAAAUAACAAAUCAAGCAACGUUUGACAGCCGAACAGCUGAUCGAUGGUUAUCGUAAGAUAGAAUUCGCAAGAUUGCGUAAUAAAAAUUGUUAUUAUUAUUCUCGCUUAUAUAUUACAUCGUCUCACAGUGUUAAGCCAAAAUAAGUAAGAUUAUUCUAGUUUACUAUACGCCACUACCACACCAAACAAUGCAAAAAUUGCUCGAUUUAAGAGAAAGAUAAUCAAAUUUAUCUUCAGCUUUAGCACGCGCGACCUACGUUUUAUAUAUGACCAAGGAAACUUUAAGGAACAUCCCGAACUUUAUGUUUGACGCCAAAUUGCGGGAGUUUUCCUUCUAGUUUUUCCUUAGAAUACAUAUUUAUAAAAUUACAUGUAACAUAUUCGCGACUAAUAUAAUAUACGUACGAAAUAUUGUAAUCAUUCUUACCGCGUUAACACAAAGAUAUAAAUAUAUUAUAUUGUAGAAAUUAUGUCCGAUACAAUAAAUUAACAGACAUUUA